ACCAGAUCGGAAAUUUUUACUGGAGUGGCAACUCUCGGCUUAAGGCCGGCAUAUGUUGACAAAAAAAAAAACAAUUUUUUUGUUUACUUCGCAAAAAAUAUGUCGUUGCCGUCGAAGGAUACUGAAAUAUCGAUUGACAAGGAGUCGAAUGAGAUUAAAUCCAAAAAGGAUAGCAACAUAACAGAAGCAGAUCAAAUGGAAACGGAAGGUAAUCCGCCAACAGCAGAUGCGAAAUUGGACACGCAAUAUGACGCCGAUUAUGAAAUGAACGAAUCGGCGCCAGAAGAUGCGGCUAAGAAGAAAACCGCUUCAGUUGCUGACGAGGACGAUGUGACCACAGUUAUUGCACCAAAUACCCGGCCAGUGGUUGAUGCCAAGACCAGGCAUAAUCUCAAAUGGAAUUUGCGUGUAAUAAUCUCGAAUUUGUAUAUGAACAGUGAGCAACGUUUGCCAGGCGCACGAGUGCCCAAAUGUCUCCACAACACGAGUCUAUGUGUGAGCAAACAUCGCUGUUCCAUGCUGCCCGAUGCACCAGACAUAAGUAUUGCUCAGGAGCUGCGCAACAAUCUCUAUAACAAGCACUAUGAAACCUAUUUGGAUAUGCUGGAGGCGAUGGCGUUGCAGUCUGUUUACCCGGAUGAGGCUGUGUUUGAUCGGCUCUUCGAUAUGAUUAUGAUACUCACUAACAAAACCUUGUCCAUCGCUGAAUUGCGCAGCAGAUACAAUAACGUAAUACGCAUUUAUUAUCUGCUGGUGGACGCAUUUCCACCCUGCUGGACAGCGCUGCGCCCCUACUAUUUGGAUUUCUUAGGCGUCGGCAGUGCGUCGGAGCAAAAGCCAGAGAAGCCGCAAAAGCUGCAGAUAUUUUUAGACUUAUUAAAAGAGUGCUUGGACAAAUGCAGUGAAAGCGAGUUGAAAGAGUAUACAAAAUACUACGAGGACUUUGAUCAUGCUUAUGAUGAGGAGGAGAACGCCAACCUGUCACAAGAGUCAAUACUGAUGCGUCAUGUGCAGGACUACGAUUGGCAGGGAUCCAAACAGUGGCUGGAUGAUUUUAAACAAAUGUCAACGUCUGUCCGUUUGGCACGUGUCUUUGAUGCUCUGGCUAUGAUCUGCUGGGUGCUGGAGCGUGAGUUUAUGUCCUGGCUGGAUCACAAUCGCAUGCAGCAGGCAGAGCCGGAUAUAUUUCAGGACGAGUCAAAGCCAUUUGCUCUAAUCGUAUUUGGAAUGACACCCGACAAUAGACUUACAAAGAUAACGCGUCAGUUGCUGCGAUUAUAUAGCCGUGCUGCAGCCAAAUCCUUGCAUCCAGAUCGACUGGCAAUACUGCAGCGUUUCGUAUCGCUUCUCAUGGAGGCGAGCAACACAGCUGAACUGCAGUACGUGGAAAACUCACUAAUUUAUCCUAGUCUGGGACCACAGACACGCCGUCUUAUUGGGGAAUUUUUCAAGAUAUUCAAAAUGGAAAAUCCCACGCACAUUAGCACCUAUAUCAAGACAAUUCCCAUACUAAAUCAACGUUAUUUGCGUUUUGAAUUUGCCAAUCAUUUUCUGCAGUUAUUUUACUGCUCGAAUGCGCCUUUCGGACCGGAGAAGGUGUGCGAGGAACUCAAAUCGAAACAAUGGCUGAAGUACAAAACGCGCAGCUCCAUUGACGAGGAUGACGAUGAGCAACUGUCGCGGGAGGAUUACCUUAAAAUAAUGCUGACAGCGCUGCAGGAUUACUGUCUAUGGCUUAAUCUGCAGCCUUUCUGGAAGUAUAUGAAAACCAAAGUUGCUGUUCAACCGCUGCAGACAAGAACCACAAGUCCACUGGCCACGCCUGUGGGCGUUGUCACCGGUGAGGUAGGCAAAAUCUUUAUGCUCGAUGAAAUGCAAAAAGAGGCGCACACCUGGAAACAGCGCAUCAACUCCAAAGUGAUUGUAUCAAAGCCCAAAGUGAAUCUACCUGUUGCCAGGAUCAGUGCGAGUAAAAUGGCCGAGCUCUAUGGCGGAGACAUUAGACAGUUGAGGUAUUUGCGUCGGGUGCUUCAGGAAGUGAUGCGCUUUGUCGAUGUCAAAGAUUGGCUGGACUACCUAGGCGAUUUCCUAGGCGAAGAUGAGCCGCCAGCUGAAACUAGUAAUGUGAAUCCCACAGUCGAAAGUGAUAAAUGAGCAUUUAAGUACAUUAAUCCAUUUAGAUUUAAGUAUCACUUAGUCUUAAGAUGUGAAAAAAACGUUGUUAAUUUGUUUAACAUUUCGUAGAACGAACUUUUGAAAUAUCAAGCUAAUUAAGUUAUAAAAUAAAAAAUCUCAAUUUAAAUUUGAAACGCAAAAUGAGUAACAGAAACGUAACAUGAGCUUAAAAUGAGCCAACAUGCUCCUCCGUUUAACAGAACACUUUACAACUUAACAGAAACUCACUUUGCUAACAGACACUUGCAAAACGUUUGUCAGCGAGAGAGAGCAGUUAAAAUUAACAUUGC